GUAGUUUCCUAACUAACCUGAAGAGGCGUAGAAGUGAUUGUACCGCCACGGAUCAAAAGCAUGUUCAACUAUUUAUACCUUUAAAUAUGUAUUUGUCUAGAUUUUGUAUUUGUAAACACUACUUUAAAUAAAGUAAAACUUGUCAAUUACAUAAAACUAUCGAGUAGAAAUGUUAAGAAUUUAAAAUAUUAGUUAAAAGCAUUCAAUUAUUUGAAAUGGCUUUAUCAACAGAAUUAUUAAAACGCUUGAAUUCGGACGAAGAACCUUUACCUAAACGACUGAAACUCGCAGAAAAUACUUUUUGCACUGUCGAUAUACCAAUAGUACGCAAGGAAGACUUAAUUUUACAAUGGCUUUGCGAAACAUGUUCCACAGAUGAAAACAGUUGGAGAUGUAUAAGGAAUUGUUUGAAAACAAAGAAUUUGGAUAUUAAAAAUGAUGUAAAGAAGUUGUUGGUGAAUACACUUAUUGCAAGAUUGCAAGGAACCUUAGACAAUGGGCACAGUGACAUUUUCGAAUGUUAUGAAUUAUUAGUCUCGAAUCAUGGAAUGCAACAAUAUUUCCUUAACGAACCAAAAGACUUAGGAGUUUUAAUAAAAACUUUCUUAAUUUAUGCAUUAAAAUUCUUCAAAUGCACUUUCAAUAUUGAAGGACAGUCAUAUAAUGAAAUAAAUAUAGAAUUAAUUAAAAAAGAUAAUGGUUUGCCAUUGAUAAUAUAUAAUAGAAUAAUUAAUAUUAUAGAAAGUAUGGUACAAAUUUUUAAACUUUCUUUCACUGCAAAAGAUGAGUUAAAAACUAUGUUUGUACAUGAUAUUUUAUAUCCAUUGUGCGAUGUAAUUGACCAUAGAUGCAUUGAUAAUACAAACAGAUUAGGAGCAGUGACUUACAAAUGUAUUCAGCAGUUAAUGUUUGGAAAAAACUAUGUUCACAAUGCUACAGUUCUUAAAAAUAAAAAUAUAACUCAAUUUAUAGAUUUGAUAUCUGCUUUAGGUGAAAAUGCACAAUCCAAAGAUCUGCAAUCCAAUUUACGAACAUUUAGUUUUGUUUUUCGUGCAGCAGUAGGAGUAUUUAAAUCUGACAGUGCUACAGUGGAUUUGAUAUUAAGAGAAUUAGUGAAAUCUGCUGGAACUGAAAAAAAGGAAAUUUUAAGUACUCUGUUGAAACAUUUAAAUGAUAUAACGUUUAAUUUUGAGAAUAAAAUACAAGAUGUUACAUUGUUCGACUAUUGUCAGAAUAUAAUAGAUAAUAUUUUAUUAAGCGAAGAUAUGAGCACCAUAGAGUAUGUUCUCCUUUCACAAUUUUGUUCUUUUAACCCUCUCUUAAUUGAGAAAAAAAUUCAAGAAAUACUGAGGAAAGCAUUUCAAGGAAAUCCAACAUUAGAAUAUACAAAUUUGUUAAUAUCUAUUCUGACUGCUGUUGUAUAUUUAAGACAAGAGGAAAAGUUAAUUUCAUCGAUAUUAAUUACAUUAAAACAGUCCAAUCAUGUGAUACCAAAUACAAAUCUCAAUAUGUUCUUCCCAUGUGAAUUUAAAGAAAAAUUUAUGAAGAUGGUAAAUAAUAUCAGUACCUCGCAAAGUGUAUCUAUGUUAAGGACACUUAUAUAUCACUUAAAGACUGAUUGCAUGGAAGUACUAAAAUCUAAUGAUUCAUGUAAAAACUUAGCUAUCAUGCAUGCAACAAUUGAUUUGCUUAUUAUGCUUUUAAACGGUAUAUGCAUUUUUGAUCAGACAGGGGCCUUAUCUUCACAUCAAAAAUUUGUAAAUGCUUUCAAUGAUUUGGGAAGUGUUUUAUCACUUCUGGUAGAUAGAAUUUUAUAUUUGAAUCACAACAAGAAAAUUAUUGUGAUGUUACUAGACGCAAUAUUUUCAUGGAACGAAACCAAAAACACUUUAAAAUAUUAUGUACCAAGAACUGUCAUGCAAAACUUAAAAUUUCCAAUAUUGCAAGAUCAGUGGCAACAAUUAAUUCCAAGAAUUACUAAUUUCGGCAGAGAUAGUUGUAAGAGCAGUAUGAAUAAACUUAUUUUACAACAAAUCAAAAUAUCUCGGAAUACAUCGAACAAAUCUUUUAUUGAACUUAGUAGUUUAAUAGGUGGCUUAAAAUGUUCUUGGAAGUCUGUCCUAAAAUUUGACACAGAUGUAAUACCUUUUUUGACUACAGAAGAAAUAUUAACAGUGACAAAUUUAUUAUUAAUAGACAUAAUUUCUAAUGAAGAUAAGUUUUCUGAAUGGAUGGAAAUAUUACAUAAAGAUAGUUUACAAGAAGACAAAAGAUUUAUGAUGUGUUUGUUAAGUAGUAUUGUUAUGCAAAUUGAAAAUUUAAUAACAGAAGGAAUAACAAAAUCUAUAUGUCAACACUUUACUAUAAAACCUUUGCUUGAAAAUGAAGAUGUGGAAAACCAAAAAAUAAAUGAAAUGAUAAUGCUCUUGAAAGAAGAUUUAUUAAAAGAUAAAUGGGUUGAAAUUGAGAAUGCAUUGUCAUGUCAGAUAGUAGUGUACUUAAAAGUAUUACUUCAUAUACCUCUCAUAUUUUUAAAAGCCAAUAUAAAAUUAAUAAUUUUUAUAAUCAUAUUUGCUCUCAAGAAAGAAUGUGAUCAGAAUUAUGACAUAAUUUCCUUAUGCAACAUAAUACUUUCAGAUCUCUUAGAAAAGCCUGGUCUUGAUAUAUUUCAAUAUAUAAAUCCGUCGUUAUUAUUACAUCAAUUACCACUGAAUAAAAAUGUUCAGAAAUCUUUAGAAUUGUCUCUUAGAAAUGAUUUAUCAUAUAUCAUACUUAAAAAACUUAUAAAUGCUUCUAUGCAUUCAAAAAAGAAUUUGCAAUUUUUACUAGAAUCUUUGGAACAUGUUAAACAAAAAUUAAGCAUUGACCAAAAGGCAAUAAUUAAAAAAGGAGAAAAAAAAUUGAAUAAAGUUUUGAUAAAAAUGUUACCCUCCGUUAUCACCGAAGCAGAUGAUGUCGCUAUACUAAAUUUGAUAUUAAGAAUUUCUGUAUCCGAUGAAAACAUUAAUGAAGAGCUAAACAAUUUAACACAACAGACACUGCAGAAUAUAUUUUUGAAUGAUUGCACUGGAAGUGAAAAGAAUGAGGUGGUACAAGAGGCCUUAAAAUUAGCUGUCGCUGUUCUUCAUAAUCGAAAGAUAUUUAAAAUCGAAGAUCAAACUAUAAAAGGAAUAUGGUGCAUUCUAUUUAAGAAUCCAUGUGAAAAUGUGCUUUUACCUUUUUUAGAAUCAAGUGAAUCAAUAGAACUUGAGAAAUUUUUAGAACAUUUACAUAAUCAGAUGAUAAGAGCAAUCACGGAUGUACAAGAAAAUGAUUUAGAAAAUGUUUGUAUUAUAUGGAACUCUAUAUUAAAGACAAAUAUGUCCAAUGAUAGAAAUAAGUUACGUUUAACAGCAAUUAAUAAAUCAAUACAAAUGAUACAAGUGUUAAACAUACCAAAUAAGUUGUGGUCAAAUUUGUUAAAAUUCACACAAAACAUUCUUUCCACCAAGCACUUAUAUUUACCCGACACAACUAUUGAUAUGAGUAUUUUCCUUGGUUUAAAAUCACUGCAAGAAGCUACAAUAGUAGCAUGUAAUAAUGUGUUAACAUUGUGUAAUAUACUAUUAAAAAUGAGAACAAGUUCAAUUACAGAUAGACUGCCUUCUCUGCUGGCAUUAUAUAGAUCCACACUAAAUGUUGUUGUACAUAAAUCGAAAGGCAUAGUUGAUAAAUCUGAAGAACACAUAUUUAAGUGUAUUGCAUUGGAUAUAGAGAAGUUUACAAGUUCCUUGAUAAAGCUGAAAAAAGAUAUGGCAAGAUUAAGUCCUUAUGUAAUAGCUGAUUUGUUAAACUUAUCUACUGAACCCUCUAUAGCAACAUCAGUUAAAAUUGCUGUUCAAAAUUGUAUAUAUCUAUUAAUCAGUAUAUGCGAUCAGCAUGGAAUUGCAUUAUUAUCUCGAACUCUACCAAUUUCAAUGCAAGAGAUUUUCAAAACUCAGCUGGAUAUAUUUAACAAAUUUUAUAAAUUUUCUGGAAAAAUUUGAUUACUACUUACACACAAAUUUACGUUCAUAUACUUUUAUACAAUUGGUAAACAAAUAUUUUAUUAGAAAUAAAAUAUUAGCAUCAACUAAACAAGAAGAAAAUUCUAUAUUUAUAUCUGUAAUACUGUAUUUAAGAAAGAUUUCUUUAAGAAUGAAUUAACAAAUUUGAACUUAAAAUCACUGUCUAAAUUUGGACUUCAAAGUUAAUAAAGUUUAGAAAAUUUAAUUUGUACGUUCAAAAAAAAUAAAACAAUAUAAUAGAAAUAA